CGAGCGCCGUCCCCUCCCUCUUCUCUGCAUCCAUUCCCAGACGGGACGCCGCCGAGAACCCAGGCGUCGUGGUGUCGCGCCCGGGUCCGCUUCUUUGGAGCUUCGACCCAUCGUCGUCGUCAGCGAGUCGUCGGCCCUGACGCCGCGGGGCCCUGACGAGACGUAUAUCGCCAUUUGCAUGCCUGUCGCGCUUCAACGCCGCCGGCCGGCCUCGGCUCUGCCCGAUGACAGUGCCGAGGAGGAGGCGACGACGCCGGAGAAGAAGGACCGUCCUCGUCAUCAACUGACAGUCGUCGUGCCCGACGCGACGAGGAGCGCGGUCUUCACCUGUCCGUUCCGCGCGGCGGUUCAGGGAGCAAGUAGCCGCUCGCCUCACCGUGGCUGCCACUGCUGAUGGUGCGGCAGCAGAUUUUUUGGCGAGGCAGCUGACAGGACGCGAGUUACGUUCACUUGAGAGACAUACCGACGGACGAACGAAGGCGUAUCUCGGAAGAAUAAGGAUAGCACUCUUUUGUGUGCGUGCGCGUGUGAUUGCUACUUCUGCGGUUUCAUCGGCGACACCGAAAUCGGUGCGGUGACAGUUGCGCGAGUGGAACAAUAACAAUCUGUCAUCGCUCUUUUCCUACUCUCGCGGGGCUUGCCGGCGCGAAGAAACGGGACCAGUUUCUCAUCCGACCCGCUGGCGCGUCACUGUUUCCCCACCACUGCAGUCGGUCGGGAAAAAAAGAAUCGGGAGACGAACGGCGACGACAAGCCGUAUCAACGAAAACAACCGAAGAGAAGCAAGCAAGCCGAGCAGGAGAAACCGCAGAGCGCGGGGCCCGUCCGCGACCACCAUACAUCAAGCGAAUUUUCGACUGGCGUCCAGCGCGCGACGGGGUGGUGGAUACUCGCGAUCUAGCAAAGGGGAGCAGCCUCGGAAGGGCCAGCGAACCGGCGCGCGGAAGUAAGCCAAGCAAGCUCGGAAGGAAACGGAAGGGGAGGAAGCGGGGGCGAAGCGGCGGCGACCGCGCUCCCGGCGCCGGACUGCGCGUCGGCGGCGGCGCUGGUGGUGAAGCCGACGCGCCGCCUGCUCGGCGCGCGACGCCGCUUGUUGUCGGGCGGCGGGGAGUGGAGUGAAGCAGAGCCGACAGCGCGGCGCGGCACUUCGGCGUCGCGGCGUCGGGCGAGCGCCGGCGCUGGCGUGUGCGCCGGCGGCUGACGGCGCUCACCACGGCGACGACGCGCCGGCGAGAGGAGUCGCUGGCGCGAGCGCCGGCGGACAUGCUUGGCCUUGGCACCGCGGGCAGCUUCGCCGUCGUGCCCCGGAGAGUCGCGACAACUGUUGCCAGCUGGCCGUCCACGCUCCUGUUGACACUGCUCUGUCUGCUGUGCCAGUGGACCGUCGCGGAAGCCGACAUCCGCUGUCACUGCAACCUGGCACCGUGCGUGUCCACGGGCUACAUGUGCAAGUCCGAGUUGGGACUCUGCUUCUCGGAGAGCGUCCAGAUGACGUCACUGGUCCUGAACGCCGCCGCGACGACGGCGCCACGCCACGGCUGCGUCGACCUUCUGGCCGACGUGGCAGACGAGGCCAACUACGGCUGCAAAGAGCCUGACGGUGCAGCUUCGCCGAUUUUGGAGGCUCCUCAGUCUUCCGAAAGUCGGCAGUGCUGCAGCGAUGACAUGUGCAACUUCCAAAGGGACUUCCAACAGCCUGGUGCUUCCGAAUCGCGGACCAGGGGAGGCGGCGAGCAGCACACAUCGUCCCUGACGCGCCUGGUGUGGUUCCGGGCGGCGGUGAUUGCGGUGCCCAUCGCCGGCGGCUCGGUGCUCGUGCUGCUCGUGCUGCUGGCCGCCCGUCUGCUGCGCAAGGACAGCGAGCUUCCGUCCACGGCCUCUGCCAACUUCCACGAGGCGCUGCACAAGGGCCGGCACCGGGGCCUGCUUCGCGCCUGCGUGCGCCGCUGUUGCUGCCUCGACGGCGACGGGACCGCAAACGACACGGACAAGGGUGCGGUCGUGCUCGUCUAGCGUGCAAUCCCGGGCAGCCGCGCUGUGCAAGAAUGUGCGCGCGGUCAACAGGAGGGCUUCCAGCAUCGCUACCACACCACCUUCUUCACUCGUGUUGUUAACUGGUUUUUCUAGCGCGCUCUUCUUUUUUUUUCUUUUAUUUAUUCCUACGUUGUGCCUUGAAUACGCUUGAAAGACGUUUCCGCCUCGUGGUGCCAAAGAGUGCUUGCAAAAAAAAAAAAAAAGAAAAAGUAAGAACAGUUGCUUGUUAGCCCGUGCUGGAACCACGCACUGAACUGUCGCCGGCGCCGCCUUGUUAAAGGGACACUAAAGCGAAACAAUAAAUCAGUUUAGACUAAUGAAGCAUUGCUUGAGAACCCUGCAGGCACUCAUUUCAAAAGAGUAGUUUGAUUAUUAGAUGAGAAAAUGAAGGUCCAAGCAUCAGUAUUUGAAUUUAAUAAUAAUAAUAAUAAUAAUAAUAAUAAUGUCUUUAUUUGUGUCCCGUAACAGUACACGACACCGGAGACCUGCAGUAAAAGCUGUCAUGAAUGACAGCUUGACAGAGCCGUAGGUCCCCCAUACAAGGGGCAGUUACAAACGACAAAAAAGACAUAAUACAUUGUCACAAUUGAAAUUACACAUUCCGAGCGUACAAUGUAACGUACACAAAAAAUAAGGCAAGAUAGAAAUACAAAUUGCAAGUUCACUCAUACAAUAAAACAUCGCAGUCAACUACGGGGUAGGCACAAAAGAAAUAACAUAAAUGCAGUUUCACUUAUCCGCAAGAAAUAACUAAGAAUGUGUGCAGUGAAUCUGUCGUAAUUCACGUUUAGAUAGUUUAAGUAGGUCAGUCCCGGAUUUUUUGCAGUUGUUUAAUAGAGUUGGAAGUGUGAAGGAUAAUUUUUCCAUUGUGUAAUUGGUUCUAGGAGUUGGUACAAUCCACUCCUCUUUAUGACGGGUAGUGUAAAACACAGUGCCCUUUUUCAGUAAUGACAACUCAUGCAGAUAUUUAAGAUGAUUUUUUAGUUCGCGCUGGAAUGCAAGUGCUAGCUUAUAAUUGUAAAGAUUGAAUACUGGUAUUAUGCAUGCUUUGGAGAAAAGACCUUGCGAGUGACUGUUAUAUGGUAGAUUAAAAAGUACUCUGAUAAACUUUUUUUGAAGUAUGAAGAUCCUUUGCAAAUUUGUAUACGUGGUUGUGCCCCAGACCAAGAAACAGUAAUUAAGAUGAGAGUAAAAUAGGGAAUUAUAAAGCAGGAUCUUUACUUGAUACGGGAGAUAUGAUCUGAAAUGGGAAAUAAUGCCUACUGCUCGAGCUAACUUAGAACAGCAUCAAUGUGACUAUCCCAUAGCAUAUUCUGAGAAAAUGUAACACCUAGAAUUUUAAUAUUAUUUGUGAUUUCUAUUGGUGCGCCACCAUAACUUAAGCUUACAUGAGAAUUUAGCUGCCUCAAUUUAGGUCUAAAUAUUACAGCUUUCGUCUUAUUAACGUUUAUGUUAAUAAGACGAAUUUCGCGCCGAAACCCCAGCACCAAUACGUCAGCGUGACGUCAGGUAUUCCAAAGUAUGUUUUCGCAUUUGGGCCGCGUUGGCUGAAUAAAGGUUCCCGAAACUAGCCAUGUUUAAUAUUUCGUUCCUUUAGAACACAAUGUAGUCAAUCUGUAACGCUAUAUAUAAUUAGUAGGCCCUAGAAGAUGCCAUCAAAAUCCAAGACGUCACAGCCCCCAGGUGCGGGAACUUAAGUAGGCGUCUCUACCCGUAUUUCGUUCUUGCGCUUUUUCUGGCUUACCAAACGUCUUAUCGUUGUAAGGGUGGUGUUUUUGGUGUUGUAGAACGGUAAUUUACUGAUGCAGAAGAAAUCAUUUUUCACUUUAGUGUCCCUUUAAGUAAGCGAGUGUUCACACUUUUAAUUCACAUUUUUACGGUAUGUACGACCGUCGCAAAAAUGCUUAGGAACUGUUCGCCAAGUUGUUGCUCAGGUAGAGGCAGUUUCGCCAAAAAAUUGUAAAAAUCCUGAAUUUUCACAAUAGGUUUAAAAGGCCAAUGUGAAAUUCCAGCGUUGGGAAGAAAAGUUGUUAUGAAUUGAAUGGAUUUCACAAUUAUGCGAAACUGCGCUUCCUCGACGCAAUGCCGAACUGGCAUUGCUUGUUUCGUGCUGCAUCCUGCGAAAAUUAGUCAUGCAUGCUAACCAGCGGAGUAACGUGAACAUGGCCUCAGUAUAGAUAUUCUUCAAGGGCUCGACGACAGUUCAGAGACGCUGCGUGGUUAACAGGCGGGAACCUAGUCAUUGCGUGAGCGAGUUAUUUGCUUCGUGUGUUGUUUUCAGUGUUUAUGUCGUUCUGAUUUUUUUCUUUCUUUUCGUCCGCCUGGAGCUGGUCUCGCCAUAAUGCAUUUUUGAGGUGUUGCAGGCUAUCUGUGACGUUCAGCCAAACACUCUACAGAAUCGUUUAGCGAAUCUUUAACACAAGCGACGUUAUGCUUCCAGCGCUAAUUUUGUAAUACUUCGGCUGAAGAUAUUCAGCUACUGCAAACUUCCAUGUCGGACCUUUCGGCCAUGAAGAGGCGAUGCAUUUAGUAGCUCUGAGCACGGUCCCAGUUUAGUUCAUGAGAGUGCGCGGAGUCGUAGAAUUUUAUACCUCGUUCGCGUCUUGCAUUUGAAUUACCCGACUGCAACAAACAGUCGCUCGCCUUUGGUAGCCGGUAGAACCAAGAAACACCAACUGUGCUUGGUUUCGUAGUUUACGCGAGGUUAUACUAGAAAUCUUACUUCUCCCGUUGCUUGCUCACACUUACGCUUUCAUGGCUUCCCAUUUAAAUGAUGACGCCGUAUUUUUGCUGGCAAAUGAUGCCUGCCGUGCUUCCACUGAGUACCUAAAUCACUUAUAUGUGCUGCAUUGCCGAUACGCUUGCUAGUACACACUGAAUAGAAGCGUGCCAGAGUAGUUUUUUCAUGAACAGCAAGCCGUGCCGCCAGUUUGUUGGAGGUCCGUACACGGUCUCUGUGUCAGCAUUGCCUUCGUGCCACUUUGCCUACAACCAUUUAGCAUCCUAGCUGUCUGUUUACCAGAGUGCUAUAGCUGCAUCUGAAGUUACCUGUAUAUUACGUGAGCAAAGGGAAAUAUUACCAUCACCACCACACUUGAAGCCUUGUCCUUUCCGGACUUCGGAACCGCGGUUCCAAUUGCCCUUGAAGUAUGUACGUCCGCUUUCAUGCACUUUAGAAACAGUAGUCUCAGCUGACAAGUAGCCGUAGUAUCAAAGGGGCGCCCCUCUUGUUCAAGAAGUGCCAAGCAGAACCCUUUAACGACUGCUGUAGGAAACGGCAUGCUAGCACUGUAAGCGCUUUUGUUUUAAAUAUAAGCGAUUUACCCAAAGCGAGCCAAAAUGGUUUCUAGCCUGAGGCGCCAUUUAGUCGCCCUGUCGUUCAGUGUGCAAAAGAACUUAAAAAUCUUUAGGCUGCGCAUCAGCCACAAGAAAGCUAGUCAACAGGUGCCUUCAGAUCACGUGGAUUCCGAGAGAAGUCGAACUAAAGGAUUGCGUCGAUUUUCAUUGCGCACGAUGGUAUCCGUUUCCUGGGUUGCGAAAUAAUUGAACCGCAGCCACGUUAAUCAGGUGUUUGCCUUUGUUCAUGCAGGGUAGCUCAGACUAGGGCGCGCACGCAAGGUGCACGUUGCUGAAGUGCAGAAAAAGAUAAGGGCAGGUAGGCGCCGGAAAUCUGCAUGUUGAACUGAGAUUAGAUCGAACUUAUCGCGCGAUUUCUAUGCGCAAAGGAAAAGAAUAUGGAUGGCCGACAGAUAGAAGUGCGCUUCGCGACACUGCGGGGUGGACCUGCGUUUAUUCUCACUGUGCGGUCCGGAUAACCUCGACCGACCACAUCAGCCGGAUCGAGACGGCUGCUAACUGUACAAGGCGUCUACAUGAAUCCGACAAGAGCGGGCCGAGUAAACGCUUCUUAGAUAGCGCAAGACAUCCAUGACGUCGUGUUACCUUGCCCGACUGCCAUAGAAUCUAAUGGGGAUGCUCCCAAGUGAGCCGCGGUGAUUUUGCCCUUACCACUUUCGUCACGCCGGGCUUGGAAAUGGAAAUUUCGGUCCAUCUAGCAUGACGUCAUAAAGCAGCGUGCGCAGGCCUGCCAUCUAUAGGAGGCGUUGACCGAGUCGACGUGUCGAGCUGAGAUUUGCCUGUCGCGCCCAUUAAAUGUCAGGCGGUCGAACUGAGCGAGCGUCGAGUUGGACUUAGCCAGACCAUCUCCACCGUGCGCAUCGCCUCAACCUGACCUGCCGGCACCGCGCCUGUGAAUGCUGAUGAACCGGUUCGCAGCCAGGCCAGCAACAAAUAACAGGAGGCGCAGUUUACGCGCUUUGUUUAUUAGGGUCGACACAAAGAGUCCAUGUAAGCGUUGUCGGAUCGGGCAGUCCCAUCGCAACUUCUAACUCGAUCAUUUCGCGUCGGGUUCAUGUAAACGAAGGCAUAACAAACAUUCCAGUUAUCGUUCUUGAUUUCGAUAAAAAUUCGAACCUUGAGCGACCAGACCUAUAUUCUCCUAAUAACGAUCCAACGUCAAACAGAGCAAAAAUGAACUGAGAGGUACGGAUCCUAUUUGUGUUUGUGCCUAUCUCUGUUGUGCCAAAUCGCCAGGCUAUGUUAUACCCAUAUUACGUCAACUGCGCCGCGCCGUCCCAUCGACCACGAAAGAUGCCAGUAGGCUGCCUCGUGAAAGCUUCCCGUACGUAACUUACACGCACAAUGCAACGAUCGCUUCAUAGCGCUAAGUAGUGCGACAAUCACGGCAGCGCCGCACAUUGCACAUUUGCCUAUAUAGCCUUAACAAGCGUCGCUUCUUUGGGGGCGGCUGCGCACGGUUUAUGCAAGCACACUCAUUUUUUACACACACACCAGCCUCUCUUUGUCGCAUGGACGCCGAGCACGUAGCAUGUAGAAGUAUAUAAAGUUUAAGAUGCCCUCCACGCAAGUAUAAUAUAUACGACAUGUAACGCACGGGUGCGCGCGCGCUUCAAGCUCAACCGUCUCUUACCUGAUUGCUUCCUGCCUUACAGUAAAUGGCUGAGUAGCUGUAGUCGGGAACGUAGGAGCGGAGUGCUCUGCAGCCCGUGGUCACGUUGACAUACAGAAUUGGGGCGAGUCCUUGCACGACGACCCCCUCCCACACUGCGUUCUUGGCGGCAGCUAUAGCAAAGCAGCGGUAGGCCACGCUAGUGUGGAUGGCCAGUUUGCACGUGAUCGGAUGAGCCGCUGGACCGUGCGUCAAGGGUCGCGCGACACGCUUUGCGCCUCGACGGUUUAGCGAAUGAGGGAUGCUGCCUGCAUUAUCGCUCAUCGUGCCUAUAGAGCACUGGAAGCGUCGUACGAGCCUGACUGCACGGCCAGACUACUGGUCCCGUCGAGCAGCAAGUUGAGUACUUUUGACCGAGGCUACCCCGUCGAUGCGAAACGUUUUUAAUUGGGCGAAUUUUUGUUUCUCAAUUCGCAUAGGCGUGACGUAAUUCAAGCGCACACUACGCCAGCGCGACUUGCUCCCAUGACGCACAGUGUGCUUCGGAAUGCGAGUCGCGUAUUACUUCACUGAAAAAAAAAUGCACCUAGCCGCUGCUCCAAACUUUAACGCACUUCGCAUGAACGAAAACAUCCAGCGAGGAACGGUACUACAAGCUCACAGUUAGACUUUGACACUGUGUGCGAAAAUGCGAACUGAUUGCACUCUUCAGCUAUAAUGUUUAUACAAUCGCCAUGUUUUGGGAUAGUCCGUAGUAUACUAGUCGAAAGCCCAAUGCUAUCACGAUUGUCAAAUGUGUCAUUGAAAUUGAAACGGCUUGGAGAACAUAUUUUCCAGUCUGAAAGUUGCAAGAUUUCUGGUUGAGCCCUUCACUAAGUUCACUUUGGUUACAGCGCAUGCUCCCGUAAGUUCUUCGGAGGUGGAGACAGUAACGUACUGUCUAUAUGUAAAUAUAUCGGACAAGGAGGAGGGAAGAGAAAAGAAGAAGGCAGGGAGGUUAACCAGAAUAACGUCCGGUUGGCUACCCUACACCGGGGGAAUGGGAAAGGGGAAAGCAAAGAUCACAGGGAGAGAGAGACAAGUUUGCCACAUCUCCUCUGUGCUAAACGCUUGUAAUAUUCGUCGUCGCUACAGCCGGUGCUGCCAUAAUUUUUAUUUUUUGUUCUAAUUCAGAGGCUUCUCGAAUCUUGCCUUGGCGUCAUAGGGUAAUCGCCCACGGAACGAAAGGUUGCAGCAUGCCUUGGUAAGCGCGAUGGUGGCGUCGCGUUAACAUUCGCACGAGUGCGAUUAGACGGACAGCCAAAACAGACUGGGCCAAUGCAAACGAUAGGCAUGCGCAGGUCCUCGUUUACCCGGGCCGAGAAAAGAAGCCGCAUGUCGCUGCCACCGGGGAUGGUGACGGCGCAGCUGUUCGUUUCACGCGUGGCGGGCAACGACGCUGAAACUGCUCCUUGACCCGCGCGGCCGAGCUAAACAUAAACCCAGAGGUGGCGCAAUGGCUGGGUCUGUACCCGAGGCGUCGCGCCCAGAAAACAAAUGCACGCUAAUGGAACGCAAAGCGCUUCCGGAUGACAAGACCGGCGGGGCGUAGUUUGCAUGUCGACAUCACGCGCCUGUGUGUCUCCGCGCAUGCCGGCGCACAGUGUCAAGUUAUUUGCGGCUUCAUGACGCCGGAGCUGCGGCCGAACAUGCGUGUUUACUUGCACGGCGUGUGAUGACCGGCAUUACCCGAGGUUGUUUCUGUAGGUCCGCUGAGCUCGCUGCACGUGCAUAAUAGUUGGCCGUUCGUUAAUGCACGGGCGGAGCGUGGAAAUAGCGUACAGCCGACAACUUUUCCGUGUGUAGAGCGUGGUGUUGGAGCGUUCUGUGCAAUUGAUCCUGAAUUCGACCAGUUCGCGAUUUCUCAAGUGUUGAGUGUUUGCUGGAAAGCAAUGCAUGCUUAUUGUGAUGUUUCCAGCGAGCAGCCAAAAGGGAUCUAAGUGUGUCGGCUGCGACAGCGGUCCUCCUCCACAGGUAUUAAAAAAGUCAAAGCCAAAGUAACCUGGCGUCCGCAUAAGAGGCGGAAAAAGCCCCUCUUUCGAGGUAGCGAUCCUGCCCUCCCAAAUGGCGCUGCGUUUUGUCCCGCCCUCGAGUCAUCGGCCUGCGCUUACAUAUAAUGGAAUUAGGAAUUAGCCGUGUAGGAGUCUUCCUGCAUGCCCAUGUCAGCGUGUCUAAGAAAGUGUUUCGAUGGUUGGAUUCCAGACAGUGAGAAAGCCUCAGCACCACUCUUGCACGCGGGGAGGAACGAUCCGCUUCAUUUAACAAAAAUGCCAGCUUCACAACGCGGAAGCCAGACAAGGACGAGAAGAGGGACGAAGACGAGCGCUUCCUCCUUGUCUUUGUUGGCGUCACGAAUCGCCAACUAGCCGCGGUUGCUACAACCUUGCUGUUUUCUAAUAGGGAUCCCGCACUCCUACUUGCGUGCCCACGUUCAAACAGGGUCGCUUCAAUUGUGUGUCGCCCAGCCGCCAACGCGACGCUUUCACACCCCGAAUUUACGCCAGAACUUAACAGUGAAAAUAGGAAUAAGCUCCGAAACCGAACCAAAAAAAGAAAACAAAUUUGCUUCGUACGAUGGAGGAAUCAAAAACACUGUCAUUGUGUACUGUGUGAAACAGUAGCGCCGCAUGUAUAUCUGGUGACCUUUAGAUAAGUACGGUCGUUAACCAUUGGCGGAAUGUGUUAGUUUAGGUGCCCAUCCACAGGUGACGCGACCUUAAGUAAAUCUUUGCUUUAGGCCAAAGAGUGUGCCAAUUCUCGAAACACGGGGCCAAUCGGAAGUUUUGCUACUUUGUUUCUCUGCGCAUGUGAAAACGGAGAGCCUCCAAAGGCAGUGUGGAGAAAGGGUUGUCGUGCGCAUGGACGCCCGAGAAAAUAUAAAGAUAACGCCAAAGCUGUCCACGUACCUGCCACAGCCACCGUUACAUUAUGCAUCCUGUAUACGUGCCAUGCCCGGCGCCAGCAGGCUUCUUGCCCGCAGACAUAAAAAAAAUAACACACAAAAAAGACAGCUCGCGCCGGGCGCCACCGCGUGUCUUGUGCCAUAGAGUCGACAUUUUUGUACAUAUUUUUCUUAUUGUGCUGUACAGUUUUCUAUGCUUGACUUCGCGGAGCGAAGGCCCCGUCUGUAAGGCGUGACUGCUCUUUCGCUUUCGGCCGGGGUAACCGAUUAAAAAAAACUUUAAAAAACAAAUUAAUAAAACGCGCAGUGUCAGUGCCAAUGCCGAACUGCGCACCGACUCCGCCCAUUCCCUUAUGCGUGGUGCCGGUGCGGAGUGCCAUUUCUGUUUUGUGCCAGCGCGAAGGCUUCCCUUUUUUAACACACACUGUUGUAUAUAUGAAUUAUUAUACAUUAUUAUUAUAUUUAAGAGAAAGCCACGCUGGCAAAAUGAUGUAUGAUGCAAGAGAAUAAAAAAGAAAUCUGAUCGCUGAAGCAAA